AUGCUGUCUGCUACUUUUUGCGCGAACGUCCGCUCAAUGACUGGAUCGUACCUAUGCGCCAUCCUCUUGAUUUGCGUCUCGUUCGCGUUCGCGUUCGCACUCCCUGUCACCAGUCCACCUCAGCAGUUGGAGGCUCGGCAGGCUCCCAAUCAGGUCGCCAUCGACUAUCCGACCGAUCAGACGGCUGCUUUCAACGUGACCACCUUUGUCCUGCCCAUUCCCCUCUCUGAAGCCUACUCUCUUGCCUCUCCGUACGAGCUGAUCCUCGACCAUGGGCUACCGACGUCGGUGAUUCCGCAAGGAUACUUCCCCUUGCUACUUACCGGAGGUUACUUCCACGAUAUCCGUCAGAGGUACCUUGGAGUGGUGCCUCUGCAGGUCGAGCAGCUCAGCAUGCUCUUGCUGUACCUGCCCUACGUCGACGUGCUCGGCGGAGGACAACGUCCGUUCAAGAGAAACAUAAAGACCUACAUGGACCAGCUGAUUCCAACGCUUGUAUCGGGCUUGACGCAGUUCGUCAAUGCUGAGGUGGCAAUCUUUGAUCCUGCACACGCGGCGUAUAAGCCUUCUGGAGGCAACACUGUCAGUUUGGCCGUUUCUCAAGGCAUCGCAAACCCGAUCGAUGGUCCUGGCGUUGUUAAUCCGCUCUACCAAGCCGUCUUUUCUCGCACCUCGUCUUCCCCCAUCACUGAGGCCAAGUUCCGCUCGAUGCUCGCUCAACCCUUCUACACCAACCCAGGAACCGGCUGUAACCUCGUGACCUUCUACUACAAUUACACCAACGCCAACCCCGGCUUCGUCACGGGUAACGCUCAGACUUUCACACCGCUCUUGAGGUCCAGCACCGAUCAUAGGAAUGCUUAUGGCUACACCGCUGCUACGUAA